AUGCUUUCGGGCUGUGUACGACAUUCCGAUCAACGACUUCUGCAAGCAACUCACAACUGCGGAGGACUCGUCGGCGUGUGGUGCCGCGCUGAAGGCGAAAUUUCCGGCCGUGUUCCAGGAAGGCUCGGACGGUGCACGAAAACGAAGAUCCAGCUGUUCCUGAUCGACGGGGUGAAGCCGGUCUUCAAGCCUAAGCGGCCAGUGCCGUUCCACUCGCAGCGGCUGGUCGAGAAGGAGCUCAACCGAUUGCAGAACAUGGGAGUGCUGGAGCCGGUCGACUACUCGGACUGGGCGGCACCCAUCGUGGCAGUUCGGAAGGCGCAGCGCAACGCAGACGGAGAUCCGAUGGUCCGCAUUUGCGCGGAUUACUCGACCGGGUUGAACGCCGUGCUGGAGGCGAACAAGUACCCUCUCCCUACCCCCGACGACAUCUUCGCAAAGCUGGCUGGCAGCAAGUUCUUCAGCGUGAUUGACCUGUUGGACGCUUAUCUGCAGAUGGAGGUAGAGGAGGAGUCGCAGAAGCUGUUGACUAUGAACACACACAAGGGGCUGUUCAAGGUCAAGCGUCUGCCGCCGGGAGUGAAAUCCGCUCCUGGAUCCUUCCAGAAGGUCGUUGACAACAUGCUCGCCGACCAGGAAGGAGCGGCGUCGUUCCUCGACGACGUGCUGGUGUUCGGCCGAACGCGCGCUGAGCACGACCGGAACUUGGAGCAAACACUGCAGCGGAUCCAAUAUUUCGGUUUCCGGCUCAAGAUCGAGAAGUGCAAGUUCUACAUGACGGAGGUGAAGUACCUGGGCCACAUCAUCAACCAAAACGGAAUCCGCACCGACCCGGGGAAAGUGUCUGCCAUCUCGCAGAUGCCACCGCCGAAGAACCUCACCGAGCUGCGUUCGUUCUUGGGCGCGGUCAACUACUACGCGAAGUUCAUCAAGGAGAUGCACCAGCUGCGUAGGCCACUUGAUCUGCUGCUGAAGAAGGACGCAAAGUGGGCCUGGUCGGACGACUGCCAACGAUCAUUCGAGCGCUUCAAGGAGCUGCUCAAGUCUGACCUGAUGCUGACCCACUACAACCCGACGCUGUACAUUAUCGUGGCCGCUGACGCUUCGCAAACCGGAAUUGGCGCCACAAUCCGACAUCGUUUCCCUGACGGGAAAAGGUAUCAGCAAAAAGGUAAAGUCCACUGCCGGUCGCGAACCUCCGGCGAUUCCGUUUUCCGGUUCAUAAACCUGGACGUGCGCGAGAACAUGACCGCCAGACGAUGGACCACUGGCACGUUUGCAAGAAAAGUGCCUGCACGGAGGACCGUGCCGUACCGAUACACUGUACUGAAAUUGUCCAUCAACAAGAAUCUGCCUGCUGCGAAUUGUCCCAGUAUGGCCAACCUGCAGAGUACGGCACAGAUUCGUUUCGGGCGGUCACUGGGUCCAGGACCGAGAACGAUGAUUGGAUUCGACGGCGGAGCAACAACGAACCGGGCACUAUCGUGCGAAUGA